AUGAAUGGGUUAAUGGGGGAUGGAGAGUGUUUUCAUAUGAGGUGUUCAUCUCACAUUUUGAACUUGGUGGUAAAUGAGGGUUUGAAAGAUAAAUAUUUAUCUGUAACUAGUGUUAGAGAUGCUGUUAGAUUUGUUAAGUCCUCACCUCAUAGGGCAACCAAGUUUAAAGAAUGCAUUGAAUUUGCUGGAAUAACUUGCAAAAAAUUAGUAUGUCUUGAUGUUUCAACUCGUUGGAACGUGACAUAUUUAAUGCUAGAGGCUGCGGAGAAGUUUCAACUCGCUUUUGAGAAGCUUGAGGAUGAAGAGUCGAGCUAUAGGGAGUUCUUUGGAAAAGGUAAUCCCCCUAGUAAUGAUGAUUGGGACAUUGCUAGGGCUUUUAGCGCUUUCCUAAAGUUAUUCUAUGAAGCAACUAAGACUUUUUCCACCUCUCAAAAUGUGAGUUUGCAUACUUGUUUUCACCAUGUGUCUGCCAUUUAUUGUGAGUUAAAGCAAGCUCCUUUGAACUUAAAUGAUUUUUUUGCAAGUGUGGGUGGAGAUAUGAUGGAAAAAUAUAAUAGAUAUUGGGGAAGUCCUGAUAAGAUGAACAAGAUGAUAUAUUUUGGUAUUAUUCUUGAUCCAAGAUACAAGUUGAGUUACAUUGAGUGGGCGUUUAAGGACAUGUAUGGAGUUGGAUCAAAGUUUGGUAGUGACUUGGUAAAAUCUAUAAAAGAGAAUUUACAAAAGUUGUAUGAUUGGUAUAAGCAAGCUUAUGACCAAGAACAUAAUUCCAUACAGCCUCUUGGUAGUGGUGGAAAUAAUGUCUCCAAUGAUGAAACAAAUGCAUCUGCUGCCCGUUCAUCACUUAUGGCUAGAGCUGAUGCUUUUGAGCAACAUUUAGAGGAGUAA